ACGAAAUCCAGAUCCCUUCUUCCGUCCGCAUUGCCGUAACUUUCUUUCGGCACCACGAUUCCCCUCUACUUAAUACCGUGUAUGUACCUAAUGUGUGCUAUUAUUGUAUACUACUAUGUAUAAUUUAUAAUUCAGAGACCAACGUUGAAUGUUAAACCCAUACACAAUCGCUGCAAACUACCGGCCCCUUACGAUCCACCAUAGCGACAACGUUUUACCCGGCCACGUAAAUCGAAACCCCAAUUGACCAAACCAAUUGACUCCCUUUCGCGACUCUUUUCACGAUGUCGAAACUUUCAGAACCCCUCAAGGCGCUCAUUAACGCCAGCCACGCGAAAUCCGGCUACACGCCCUCGUCGACAGGUGUGCAAAAUGCGCUGGCGCGGUUCGCGACCGAUGCGGCCGAGAAGAAGGUCGGGCUGCCGGCUUGGGUCACAUUAUCCACAGCCGUCUCAGCAACCAUGAACUGCCCAGAAGCCAUGACCCAAAUCUUCCACCUCGCAAACUCGACCCCAACCCCAACAGACCCGCGCACGCCCGUCCAAAACGCCGAGCUAAUCCGCGAAGUCGGCCUCAAAUGCAUCUCCUUCAACGGCAUCCCGCGCAGCAUCAACACGCUGAACGCCUUCCGCGCUAGCCUGCCAGCCGACGUCGGCGCCGGUCUCAGCACGACACCAACCCGCGAACUCACCACUGCCAACUUGGAAAUCCGCAAAAAAGAUGGCCUGGCACUGUGGGACAGCGUGUACAUCGGCUUCGAGCGCAAGCUGCUCGCUAAGCUCGCGCAGUCGCACCCGGACCUCCCCGUCCACAUCCUCAACGGGCACUACUCGAACCUGCUGUCCAACCCGCGCGACGCGUCACCGCCCGCUGGCGCCAAGGUCGGCCGCGUGCUCACGUCGCUCGUGGCGAUCGCGUGUCUGCGGACGCAGAGCGGGGUCGGCCCGCAGGUCGUCUCGCAUAUUUUUGGCUUGCGCAAGGCGUACGAUAAUGGGGACGCGAGGGCGGAGGGCGAGGACCCGGUGGAGGGGGGCGCGUGGCUGGCGAGCGAGGAUGGGAAUACGUGGAUUUUGGAGAGCGUGGAUCGGUUGGUCAGCGUGAUUGGUGGGGGCGAGGGGACGACGUUUGCGCCGGGGAUAAGACCAAAGUUGUGAGUGGACGCCUACUUGGAAGCUAUUUGGAGAUGAGCGAAUGUAUAAAUGGCGUAUAUAGCGUGUAUAUCACAUAUCUAGCCUAACCUAGGCUACUACAUAUCACAGCGAUACCAGACAU